UCGUGGGAAGUGGCAGUGAAAGUGACGGUGGGCAGGGUGAUUCGUUCCGCAGGAAGACGGUAUCGAUAGUCAAAGAAUGCAAUAUCUAGUUACGUGCAACACAACGCCCAGCAGCCACAGCAGGAGAACGACCGAGUUAGAUAAACUCUUUGCGUCGAAUCUACCAGCGUAUCCCUACCGGAAUCCUUUCACUCACCUCUCUUUCUUGACCAUCCGUAAUACUCCCUUUCUCCCCGUUACGGUCUCCGCGAUCCUGUCGAGCUGCUCUGCUUCUACGAAUCAGGAGUAAUUACGUGGGAAGAAAGUCGUUCGAUCAAAGUCACUCUUUCUUUGCUCGAUGUCUUCUAUACUCGUUCUGUGACCAUUCACCUCGAUAAUGGCCCUUUCUGUCAGCGCCAUAGAAAGGAAACGAAAGGAAUCCACCGAUGUAUCCUUGUAAUCAUCGAGCGUUUAGUUUGGCGAAUCUAAUGGGAAUUUGGAUUCGUUUAGACGUUUUCGCAGAAAAGGGUCUUAAAAGUUAUACCAUUUCGUUCUCGAGACUUAAGUUUCUAGAUGUGUCGCGCAAGCGAUAAAAGAUAUUAGCGCUUAUCAACGGUUCUAUCGUUAUCCAAGACUUACCCUGCCUCGUCUAAAGAAUCGCGAUAGUUACCUUGUAUAACUUCGGAUAGAUACAACUAUUAUAACGAACAAACACGCCUCCUUUCACGUCGAACUGUCCAACACUUUCAUCUAUAUCGCUUUUUCGGAUUUACUCGCUUUUUGCCUUUUACCUCACCCAGUUUUAUUUGCUUUGCUUUCUUAUUGCGUGAAAGAUCGCGUUACUGCCAGUGAAACUAGCCGUAACUCGAUUUUUGUAACAAUCGGUGUCAUGAAAGCGUUCCAUUCUAUAUUCGUUUGAAAAAGUUAAAGUCGUUAAUUGCCAACAAAUAGCUACGAAUUAUUAACUUGUCUAGAGACUCGCGGUUGUCCUAUUUUGCACACGUUGCGAUAUUGCAAUAAUAACAUUAAUGCGAGAUACAGCAUAAUUUCCGUAGCGCUCGAUUUAAUUUCUUUGGAACGACAUGGUUGACUUUCAUGCGAGAAUUUCACGCUGGUGACAUCGCAAAAUAAGGCAAAACGGAAGAAAGAGAGUAGGAAAAGAAAUCGAUUUCAACGCUGGAUCGGUAGAGAGGAUCACGGACGGUCCGCAUAGGCGUUCACCACGCUCACCGCGUUCUACGUUACUUGGAAAAUCUGACGAUGCAUUUCGUCGAAGUACUCUGAACGAAGUAGAUACAACGGUGUUUUGUCGAGAGAAAGCUUGUCCAAAAGUUAUACGAGCUGAGAAAUCUUGGUCUCGAUGGACCGCAUCCACUAACUGUACAUGUACUAUGUAUAUAGGUAUGGCAUACGCGAAUCGAUGUUUCCGUAAUUAAGAAUGAAAUUAAAUUACGCACGUAGCGGUGAAAGCUCGCUUGAAUGAAUCAAAGAUCUAUUACAAAGAUUACAGUCUAAACUUCUAAUUUCUUCCGAUCGUGAUCGCUUACCUUUUGGAAUCAAAGAUUCCGCCACGGUGACGUAAAAAAUUAAUUCUCGCUUGGAUGCAACGGCGUCGAGUUUCAACGCAAAUUCAUAUGGAUGUAAGUAUUUCCUACAGUUUAGCGUAGUCCGGGAUAUAAAUGCGAGCAUGCAAGUCCGGUUUUCAAGAGAGAAAGAUUAUCCACGCGUCUGGGAAAGGGAGAGGGAGAAAGCGUAUAAAAAGGAUUGGUCCAUCGUCAAGCACUCGCAGUAUACGUAUUCGUUUCUUCAUCUACUGUCCCAUUAGUAGUCGAAAAAUGCUUUCUUGGUCUUUUGUAUGGGUAGCAAUUGUAUUCGCGAAAUACGUAAUAGCUAGCAUCGAAGGUAGUCCCGGAGGUUGGCAGGGAAUAUCAGCAGGCAACGAUUAUGGAUCAGAACAUGGCUUAGAAUUAGGCGGCCUGUCCAAUUAUGGCUCUUAUGGCGGUGGUGGACUGGAUCAUGGAUUGCAUGGAGGACAAGUUCAUUACGCUGAAGCUGUACCGGUGAGCGAGCACGUGGAAAUUACCAGGCCCGUGCCAGUGCCUGUCGUCAAAAACGUUGGAGUACCGGUUGCUCAACCAGUGGCCAUAGGAGUUCCACAUCCAGUCGCGGUAGGAGUACCACAGCCCUAUCCAGUUCACGUACCGGUUGCGAAGCCAGUUGCAAUUCCCGUGGUGAAGACCGUGGCCGUUCCAGUCGAGAAGAAGGUUCCAUUUCCCGUGGAAAAGGUGAUACCGGUCCCGGUGGAGAAACACGUGCCUGUACCGGUGGAGAAACACAUACCAGUGCCGGUGGAAAAACCGUACCCCAUUCAUGUGCCGGUUUACAAACACGUAUUCCACAGGGUGAAGUCUCAUGGUCACGGAUGGAGUCAUUAGACGUUACAACAUGAUACUUUGAAGAUAUAUGCAGAUUUACACAUAUGGCCGUAACAGCAAGCGAGCGUAACUUCUGCGUGUGUAUCAGCUAGUCUAUACGGCAGAAGAUUGCGAUUCUCUUCCUCGAAUGAUCACAAAGAAGGCUCUUCGUCUUCGAUCGGGCACACAUUGUUGUAUAGAUCGAAGAUAUCAACGAGCCAUCUAUCCAGGAGUCGUAAAACGUCUCCAAUGCUGUUUGUA